AUGACCUUGCCAGAUGCUUUGGGCACCAGGGUGUCAGCCUGGCUGGAGAUCAACUUGUCUAUAAUUCUUAAUUCAAUGCAUAAAUACCAACCACGACUGCAUAUUGUGAAGGCGGAUGAGAACAACGCUUUUGGGUCAAAGAACACAGCCUUCUGCACCCACGUUUUUCCAGAGACAUCCUUUAUAUCAGUGACCUCCUACCAGAAUCACAAGAUAACCCAGCUGAAGAUUGAGAACAAUCCUUUUGCCAAGGGAUUCAGGGGGAGCGACGACAGUGACCUGCGUGUGGCGCGGCUGCAAAGCAAAGAAUAUCCAGUAAUUUCCAAAAGCAUCAUGAGGCAGAGGCUGGUGUCCAGUCAUGGCCAACUUUCAACAAAGCCAGAUGUUAACCCACUUCACACGAAUCACCAGACUCUUCAACAUUAUCAGUAUGAGAACGGUGCUCACAUGCAAUUUGCAGCUUCAGAUACUCAAGAUCUGCCACUCAACACCUUCACAGCACAGAGAGAUUCAGGGCUCUUCUAUCACUGCUUAAAAAGAAGAGAAAGUGCUCGGCACCUGGACCUGCCCUGCAAACGCUCCUACCUGGAAGCCUCCUCUUCUGUAGGAGAUGAUCACUACUUCCGUUCCCCACCUCCGUACGAUCAGCAGAUGUUAAGCCCUUCCUAUUGCAGUGAGGUGACUCCAAGGGAAGCGUGCAUGUACUCUAGUUCUGGGCCUGAAAUUGCUGGUGUCUCAACGGUCGAUGACUUGCCACCUCCACCUCCCCCCUUGAGCUGCAAUAUGUGGACUUCUGUUGCACCUUACACCAGCUACAGCGUUCAGACAAUGGAAACUGUCCCUUACCAGCCUUUCCCUGCUCAUUUCACUGCCACCACCAUGAUGCCGCGGCUCCCGUCCAUCACGGGUCAAGGCUCGCAGCCACCAGGUAACAGCCACUUCAGUGUCUACAACCAGCUGUCCCAGUCUCAGGUUCGGGAGCGCGUUCCUGCUUCAUCUUUCCCAAGGGAAAGGGUGCACCCAUCUGUGUGUGAGAGAAAACCCCCCUCUCCGCACCUAAACGCGGCGAACGAAUUCCUGUACUCACAAAGCUUUUCCUUGUCGAGGGAAUCAUCGCUGCAGUAUCAUUCAGGGAUGGGGACUGUGGAGAACUGGACUGACGGAUGA